CAGGGACACAUUGACCACAGUCAUUAAAUUGUCUCUUCUCACCCUAACCAUUUCACUAGGCAUUGCCGUCCGCACUGGGAAUAUAGUAUCGCGCCUCGUCACCGCUCGUCAUAUCGCAGCUUUGCUGAUUAGCCGACCGACGCUGACCUCAACAUUCGUUGUGUGCGUGCAAGCGGCGUGAUUGGUGACUUGAGUUUACGUGCGCCACAGACAGCAUGUCUCCUGGACUACGCCCUCUUCGACUGCCGUUACUGGUUGAGCGGAGGAGAAAACGAGAGGAAGAAGCCGUGACGACGUUUUGUGACACAACCGACGGCGAUCUUUCUUCAUAUCACUACAGUUGGCAGCAACAGCAAACCCGCCAACAACCGCCCAUGGUUACAGAUUCCACCUCUUCGGGCAUGACGUCGCCCGUGACACCAACUUUCUCUGCUCGGGGGCAUUUGCGCUAUUCGAGCUCAAUGUCCUCGUUCGAUUUGGCUCUACCGCCCAGCUGCGAGGACUUACCAUCACCCGUACAGGCCCAGCAAACGCCAAGCAAACGCAUUCUCGAUGACGUCGAAGAGGAGGAGCCUUUCGAGUAUGAUCGCUUUAACCAUUACGUUAGCGACGCCCAUGUUGGAUAUGGUGACUGCUCGGACCAGGAUCUAUACCACUGCCUAUGCGAUGAACCUUUGUGCAUACAUCGAGAUGGUGAUAUCGUGCGGACCUCAACCAACUUUUACGCGCGUGGCAGAGGAGUUGAACCUGACUUUGGCUUUCUGAGUGAUGGCGACUCUCCAACCUCGCAACGCUCAUCGAGGACGAAACAACGCAACGGAUCUUUGCCACCGCUCACCAGUCUUUCACAUCGGAUAGGUUCGCGUUUUCCCUUUACACGAUGGAGAUCGCCUAGGAAGUUGAGUGCCGUUAGCUCACCUGUUUCGGACGUGGGUUCUGAGCGUCGCUCCACGUCGCGCGCUCCUUCCAGCCGGUCGUCGUCGUUGUCGAGGUCGAAUCGGUACCUGGCUGAUCGCUCAAUUGAACCGGUCGCCCCGCCGACACCUGCUCUAUCAUUUUUCGAGAGCAGCGACAGCAUCAUUUUACCCGGUCCCUUGGACGUGGAGCACGCCGACAUCGUGUUGUCUUCAAUUCAGCGCGAGCGCACCCAAGCAACAACGCCUUUGUUGCCACCAAUGAUGACCAGCAACUUCGCCGAUUAUGGCCACUCUCAACCCUCACCACUGCAAUCACCGACCAUCGCGUCUCCGGUAGACGAUGAAUUCCAAUCACCUCUGAUCUUGUCACCGCCCCUCAGCACCAAACCCUCUAUAUCAUCAUUCCGGCAGAUGAUGGCAUCCGAUGAAUUGUUGUCUGAUUUGGCUCCGGAUUCCUGGUCGGAUCGUCUCGGACACGCUAACUUUACUAUCUUACCGGUUCCAUACAGACCUGUGGUCUCGACUCUCUCAUCACUUCUGGAGCUACGAACGGACUGGGAAACAGCACGUGUCAACUAUACGAAGCACCUUGUUCGGACUGGUGAGCACUACGGUCUUACGUCUAAGACAUAUGGGUACACGGAAGAGAAAUGGGCAGAGAUCGACCGACAAUGGCGCACACUCCACGACGAGGUCGUCGAUGCUGUCGUUGCCAGCGGUGAAGCGGUAGGCUGCGAGAAGUUUGACGAAACUAUCAUGACUACGGUCCCCGUCAUGGACGGUGAGGGCAAGUUCCCUGAGCGUGGCGACGAGGACAUAGUCGGGCCCAUGGUGCGUGAAUUGACCAUGACCUCGCCUACCGGGACCGAGCGCCGGCGACCGAGCUUCUGGCGGCACUUGACAGACCGUGUCGGCUUACGGAAAUAGAGAGAUUUGGUUAUGAUCGAAUUGGCUACAUGAAAAAAAGGAAAGGAUGAACGAGAGCGAUGACAAUUACGAUCCAACGGCUCCCACGAUAUGUCAUGACCCAUUUACGACCUGCUGCGCGGCAUCAUUUACAUUGAUUUUACCCAUCUACAUAUUGGCGGCAUAGUUUAUGUUGCCAUCGUUUUGCGCAUAGAGAGAUACCAUUCUGUUACUGUUACCUGAUCACACAUACUAAGGCAUACUGCAAGCGUCGCAUGGGAGCACCAUGGAUGUAUGCAUAUACGUGUGUAUUUGACAAUUUUCGUCGGCACACACACCUACCACCGAAGCCAUCAGCCCUGAAUCUACCACUAGCGUUCUGGCUUCGUCGUACAUAAGAAAAAUCUGUCUUUAUUGAUAUUACUACCUAGCGUCAUUUUCAUCUUCCAUUUACACAGCCCGGU